GUCCAGCCUCACAUGUUUCUGUCCAAACUCUGUCUGCAAAAAUUAUUUUCCAGGGGAAGCUUUAGUAAUUUCAGUGGGUUAAAUAAGUGAUUUUAUUUAGCCCAGUGUCUGUUUGUUUUUAUGUUUGUUUGUGUGUAUGAGUUGAGAGAAUGAGGGUGUAUCUGCUGGUCCUGUGUUUGAUUUUGCUGCAGCAGGAGGGAAGAGCCAACCCAGAGCCUCAGGGAUGUUUAAGUCCUGAGGCUGUGAGGGUGGCUGAAGAUGCCCUGGACCAGAUCAACCAGGACCGGACUAAAGGUCACAUCCUGAGCCUCAACAGACUGUACGAUGUCACUCACACGCCUGAAAAGGAAAAAGGCAGAUCACUCUACAAGCUGACCAUCGAUGUGAUGGAAACCAAAUGCCAUGUCCUCAGUAGAAAACCAUGGAAACAAUGUGAAAUCAGAGAUAUCGGUGAUAUUCCAGUGUAUGGAGAGUGUGAGAUAUCUGCCUACAUCGACUCGAAAGUCACACUCAGAAGUUACUCCUGUGCACUACGUGAAGUUCCAGCUACUGCGGUGGUUGAAGUGUGUCCAGACUGUCCAACCUCUGAUAACUUAGAUGAGCCUGUGGUGAAGGAGACUGCUAAUCUGUCCCUGCAGAGGUUCAAUAAAGAGAGUGUCCUGGCUAAUUACUUCACUCUGGAGAACAUCACCCGAGCCAGCUCACAGUGGGUUGUUGGUCCGUCAUACUUCGUGGAGUUUACCAUUGUGGAGACAGUGUGUUCAAAGGAAACCAACACAGAUGGCCUGAGUGACUGCCCACCGAUGGACUGUCAAUUUGCUCACAGAGGCUUCUGUUCAGGCUCACAUGUGACCAGUGAUGAGGAGUUUCAAAUCUCUAUCCCAGUUGGAAAAACACAGAAGUUUUUGAGCAGAAAUGAAGUGGAUGUGAAGUGUGAGAUCUAUGAACCUCAGGCUGCCGUUGUUGAGGAGCAGGCUCAUGCUAAAGCAGCUGGAGGACACACAGAGCAUCAGCACAGCAACCACACACAUCUGCACCCCCACGAACACCUGCAUUCAGUCACUCCCAGCACAGACGUCACCAUCUCCAAGCCAAAGGACUCCCUGGGGACUUUAGUGUAUCUGCCUGCACAGAUCAGAGGUUCCCCAAAAGCCAGCUCCUGCCCCGGCCCACGCAGACACAACCUGGGUAUCGAGAGACUCAGGAUCUGAUUGGCUGAACCAGGAGUUACACUUUCAUCUGUCAGUCUGCUGCAUCCUUCUGAAUGUUGUAGUUUGCAGAGAAAAACAAUUAUAAUCCAGAAAUGAAAUAUGGAACAGCAGUAAGACAUACCAAAUAAAUUCUUUGUAAAUAAUCUGAUGUCACUGAUUGCUAAUUAAACAUUUAUAAAGCACAGAAAUGUGUCAUAUAUUU